GGUGUUGAGUAGAGCGAGCAGCAGGCUCACUACGAGAUCAAGUGUGUGUGUGCGUGUGUGUGUGUGUAUCUGUAUGUGAGAGACGGCAAGGGGAGAGACCCACUGUGUUGUAAAGCCAACGGGGUAGUUUCUUGUUUGAGCAGGGGGGAAAAGUGUGAAGAGGAGGUGAGAGUUUUGGAGGAAGAGAAAAGAGAAUCUUCUUUUUAAUCUUCUGACGGGUAAAGAGCUGGAAAAGCAAACAUUAAUGACCUGACAAAAGACAACACUGCUUCACGGUGUUGAUCAGCCAGGCAUACCGUGGAGCUGAACUCGGACACCUUUACACCCGAGCCCCCACCACCCGCUGCCCUCCACUCACCGAUGAGCAUCUCUCCAACUGCAGGCGGACUCGGGGGGCCACACUGACACAGCCAGAAGUCUGGAGGACAGAAGUGGACACUUGCCCCUUUGUGGCAACUAGUCUUUCCCUGGAUAAUUCCCCUCUUUCAACUUGACGGCUGAGUUCUGGUUUUUGUGCUGGCCCCUUCAAGCGUCCCCCUUCCUCUAGGAGCAAAGAUGAGCUGCAGGAAACGGUGCAAGCGUGAGAUCUUCAAGUUCGCACAGUACCUGUUCAGACUUAUCACAGGCACGCUCAACACCGACAGCGUUGAAGAUGAGCUGGAACUCUCUGCAGUCCGUCAUCGCCCCGAGGGCCUGGAGCAGCUCGAGGCACAGACACGCUUCUCCCGGAAGGAGCUCCAGAUCCUUUACCGCGGCUUCAAGAAUGAGUGUCCAAGUGGCGUCGUCAAUGAAGAAACCUUUAAAGAUAUCUACGCACAGUUUUUUCCACAAGGAGAUGCUUCGACGUACGCACAUUUCCUGUUCAACGCGUUUGACACGGAUCACAAUGGCUCUGUGAGCUUUGAGGAUUUUGUGAUGGGGCUUUCGAUCCUGCUGCGAGGCACAGUGCAGGAAAAGCUCAUUUGGGCUUUCAACCUUUAUGACAUCAAUAAAGAUGGAUACAUCACUAAAGAGGAAAUGCUGGACAUCAUGAAGGCUAUCUACGACAUGAUGGGUAAAUGCACAUAUCCCGUCCUGAAAGAGGAGACGCCUCGUCAGCAUGUAGAAGUAUUCUUCCAGAAGAUGGAUAAAAAUAAAGACGGCGUGGUAACCAUAGACGAGUUCAUUGACUGUUGCCAAAAUGAUGAAAACAUCAUGCGAUCGAUGCAUCUCUUUGAGAAUGUUCUCUAACUUUUGGCCGCCAGCCGGAGCUUUGGAGAGGAACAUCAUCUUUAGCAUGGCCCAGUUACUGACUUGGACUCGUACUGUGUACAGUGUGCUAUGCAGACUUUUGACCAUAGAUAAAAUCUUGUUCAUUAUUACUGUUGGGCCACAAGUAGGAAUAGGCAAGCAUGUUGGGAACACUCUGGAAUUCAUCCUUUGUUUUAAGAUAUCAAACUAGGGUUUAAUUUAAUAUUUAAAAAUGCGGUAAAAUAAAGUUACACGUAAAAUUAAAAUCUCCCGCCUUGUUUUAUUUACUGCCAAGUGAAAUCACUGUGACUCACAGCUUUAGGAAUAUUGAACCACCCGCUCCAAGUUCCAGAGUGUUUCUUACCUGACUUAGAUGAGUGUGGUCUGUGAUUUUACUCUUAAUUUAGAGAGGGGUAAAAAAACAAAAAAAGAAGUUGUACCAUUUUAAGUUGUCCUUUUAAAGAUAUGACAUUAGAUGAGAAGUCUAUUUGAAAAUAUCUCAAUUCUGCUCGUGUUUACUUGCCAACUAGACAACACAAGGAUUGUAUUGAUGUCAAAAUUGGACCAUAACUUAAGCACAUGGGUACAGAUGUGGACAAAUUUGUUGGUACUCCUGGUAAAGAUGUAUAUAAAGCCUUAAAAUAAAUUAUUCUCUUACAGUCUCGCAGCAGAAAACGUUGCAAAAAAUGCAGCCUUUAACAAGAAUGCCGGAAAACAUUCACACUCUAAAGAUCCUAUUCCUCCUGAUGAUUUUUUUUUGUUGACUAACUACCUUUUGUACAAAAGUACAAGACGCCCAGCUGUUUUAAGAUUUUUCAGCUAUUUAACUUUUAUACCUUUUAAGAGAUGAUUAAAGAAGAAAUCCUAUUGUGAUGAGCGAGUCACGCUUUCAAAUCAUUUAAACAUCUCUGAUGUUUUUGAAUGAGUUUGUAAUCUGUAACUGAAGUGUUCAGCAUGCACUUUUGACUAGACUAGAUUGUUGCUGUUUGCAAAGAGAUAAUUUCUUCAGAUUUCCCAGUCAGGCAUAGUUACCCGUGGAAAGUGACAAGUAGGGUUGCCUGCUGAACCACUGAAUGACUCCACCUACAUGAAAACAUCAGAAAACUUAUUCAAUGCACAACUAACGGAUAAAAAGGAUAGAUUUUUUUUUAUGUACUCGUCCGCCCUCUUUCUAAUGCUCUCCUGGGCAAAGGCCCAUAAUGACCAUAUCAAAAACUGCCAUUGAUUCUUCCUGCCAGUACACCGCCGCUAAUUUUAAAUCUCACAUUCUUGCAGUUCAAAUAGUUCAAGAUGCUUUUAGACUCUUAACAACAUUCCAAGGCCCAUGGAAGACAAAAAUGCCCACAGCAUCACAGAUCCUCCGCUGUGCUUAAAGAGGUGCUUGGUUUUUUUUUGGGGGUUUUUUUCCCCCCCAGAUAUUCAUCUUGAGCUGCACACCAGAACCACCAUGUAAACAUGUAAACACCAUGUUUACAUUUCUGAUGGUAAGACAAACAUGCUGUCUGUAUAGCAUCCACAUGACAUCUGGUGGCUUGUUAUUGCUCUAACUGUACAUAUGAGCAGGUUUGGGUGAAUAGUUUUUCCUUGUAACUAUAUCAGGCUACAUCAGGUCUUAUGAAGUCAUUCACAUGUUGAAGAGCAGCCAUUCCUUAUACCUAAGGAGGUGUAAAACUCUUCUAUUACUAAUUUUUAAAAACUCAGUUUAACUUUAAAAAGUUGCUAAGAUCAUAUUUUAAGAGAUUCUUUUUUUCCAUUUUGAAAAACAUUCCAAGGAAUCCAAACUUUAAUUUGAGGACAUUUCUGCAGAAUUUCCACAUUGCAAAUGAAAAGAAAUCUACAUAUUUAAAGGUCUUUUGGAUAUCUUUACUGGAGGUUCCAGCAAAUUUAUUUGCAGCAAGAUUUUACCGCACGUAUCACGCAAGAUGACGGCAACUUUAUAAAAAUGAAAUGGGAGGACAAGCUGCUUUUGAUGUAUUUUUUUGACAUGAUGUAUGUACAUUUCUUGUAAAGUAAAGCAUCGACAUGUUUUUAUUUGAUUUUUACUCAUCUUUUCAUGUAGAGGAGUUCUUGGCAGCGUCAUGGUCAUUGUAUAAAACAAUUGUCAGCUGUACAGUAUUAAAUGAAAACUUGCUCUCUGGGGAAUCCCAGGUCUUCA